CCAUCUUGAGUACUAACUAAAAAAGAUGGCUGCUAAAGCUGCAUAAGUCAGUGGUGCAGUACGUACAGUAACACGGUAACAGUGCUUGGUUUAUAAUUGUAUUGUGAUGUUCGCAUAGUGCUCGGUUAUUUUUAUGUGCAGUUAGAUUCUAAGUGUUUAGUGUAUUUCCUAAUUUUGCUAGUGAUUCUUUCAAAAGGACAAUAGAGUUCGUUAAAAUGGGCCGCUCUAGAUCCAGGACAAAAUCUCCUAGUUGUAGGCGGCGUCAUAAGAGUAAGCAUUCGAGGAAACGCUCAAAGUCGCGUGAGAAACACUCGAAUAACAAGUAUUCUGACAAACCAAAAGAACGUAGUUCAAAGUCAAGAAAACGAUCACAUUCUGCAUCAUCUAGUUCAGCUACAGAUGCUUCUGAUGAUGUGCACAUUGUGAGUCACAAAAAACGUUCAUACAGAGAUAGGGAUCGUAAAAUGGAUGAAGUAGAAAGACUGGCAGAAAUGGAACGUCAAAGGAAAAAGAAAGAAUUAUCGAACAAAAUCUUCACCGCAAGUGCAGUUGGAAGGCAACGUGAAGUUGAACAAAAAAUGGUUGAAGAAGAAGCUGCUAAGCGAAUAGAAGAACUAGUGCAGAAGAGGGUGGAGGAAGAAUUAGAAAAACGUAAGGAGGAAAUAGAAGCCGAAGUACAAAGGAGAGUAGAAGAAGCUAAAAGGGCUAUGGAGCGCCAAAUGAUGGAGGAAAUGGAAUGGAGACAAGCGAAACUUCGGGAGGAGGAGAAACGAAGAGAGGAGGAAGAGCGGAAGAAGCGUGAGGAACUAGAGAGGAUCAUGGAGGAGAACAACAGAAAAAUAGAAGAAGCCCAGAAGAAAUUGGCUGAGGAAAGGUUGGCCAUGGUCGAACAACAACGUUUGAUCGAGGAGGAGAGGCAGAGAAUGAGGAAGGAACAUGAGAAGCGUGUUAAAGAGGAGCAAAAGAAAAUCCUCGGAAAGAACAACUCGAGGCCUAAAUUGUCCUUUACGCUAAAACCAGUUACGUGAGUUUGUCACAUUUCGUGCAGUUUUACAUGUGAUAUUUAUACAUCUUGGCUCUGGAAUGGUUCAUAUUCCGGAAGAACAUGUCAUAAUGUUGCGCAUACAUGUAUGUACAUAAACUAUGCAGCGACAAGAUCCAAAGCUCACUCGAAACGCGAUAAAUAUUCGAAAUCCGGUGACGUUGAAUUAUUUCAUUUAAUUCUGAUGAACGUAUCGUGCGUCAAAAUUAAGUAAUUAAUUCUAUACCUGCCAGAUUUCGAAGCCUAAUACAGAUAGGUUGUUACCUGUUUGAGACUGCGCCGAUGUCAACACAAGCAAGCAUUCUUAGUUGAUGCAGAAAACUAGUAGGAAAAUCAUUAUUUAUUUAUGUAUAUCCUCUGAAUUUUUUACAUACCAAUGAUACGGCAACAAUAUUCUGUACAGGUUUGCUUGUUCCAUUUGACAAAAGUGCAGUCUAGCUUAGUUAGAAUUGUUCUACAGACUGCAAAUGCAGUUUAUAUGAUAUCGUUUCACUAUAAUUGUAUUAUACAGAAAAUAAUUUUAUUUCAGUUAGAUAUACUAACGAAAUGAGAAUCAUUUAAAAUAUUCACGUUCUAAAUUCCAACGACAGUUGGUCAUUUUCAGACGGUCUUAUUAUUAACACGACCAAAUAGUAUUUUGUAAUUAAGCAACACAAGUGGAUAAACAAAUUUUCUACGAGAGUAUAUCUGUUGUACAUCUGUAACACAUAAUAUGCAAAGCAAUUUCGAGACAUUAGACGGAGAAUUAGAUUUUUUUUAGUACAUUAAACCGAGAACGUCGUGAUUUGUCCACGUGCCUAAAGUGUUAGAGAAUUCGUACUAUCAUCAGAAGGCAUGAUAAACAUGUUUUUUUCCUAAUCAAAAUUACAGUAAAUGAUAAUACCGAUAACGAAAAGACAUAUUGUGUAGAUCAUUUUGUACGUGUAAUUACGUAUGAAUGCAACCAUGAACAAGUACGUCUUGAAUGGAAUCAUAUAUAAAUAUGUAUUAACAUACCGUGGAAAUAUCUGUUCAUAUAGGACUGUAUAUCUACAACAUUGUUAUUUGUAAAAAUAAACACGUUUUUAUUAA